AUGAUCGAAGUUGACCGGCAUGAAAUCCAACAGUUAGAAAUUCUGUGCAAACAGUUGUAUGAAGCCACGGAUUCUGUGCUGCGUUCCAAUGCAGAAAAGACCCUUGUACAGUUUGUGAGCAGUCAAGAUGCAUUGCCCAAAUGCCAAAUGUUGUUGGAUCGUGCAGAUUCCAGCUAUGCCCAGCUGUUGGCGGCAACAACACUAACAAAGCUUAUACAGGGUCUCAAUUUGGAACAGCGCAUUGACAUAAGGAGUUAUGUUUUGAAUUAUUUGGCAAAUAGACCGAACCUGCAACAUUUUGUGGUACAGUCGUUGGUCACGCUAUUGGCAAAAAUAACAAAAUAUGGCUGGUUUGAUACCUAUAAGAACGAGUUGGUGUUCCAAAACUUGUUGGAAGAUGUGAAAACAUUUUUACAGGGAUCUGUCGAUCAUUGUACAUUUGGUGUGCAAAUUUUAUCACAACUUGUUUUGGAAAUGAACUCCAUUGUGGAAGUGGAUGCCCACAUAACAUUUUCAACCAGUCGUAAAAUUGCCACAUCGUUCCGUGAUCAACAAUUGUAUGAUAUAUUUUUGUUAUCAUGCAAUCUAUUGGUCACUGCCCGUGAUAAUAGCAAAACAAUCAAUUUUAUGGAUGAAUCCCAACAGGCUUAUGUUAACCUUAUAUCUCAUGUCUUGCGUUUAACGAAGAACUGCUUGAGUUUUGAUUUUAUUGGUAGUUCGAUGGACGAAUCUUCAGAUGAUAUGAAUAGUGUACAAAUCCCAUCAUCAUGGCGUCCAGCAUUUUUGGAUCCAAAUACAUUGAAAUUGUUUUUUGAUUUGUAUCAAAUAUUACCAAAUGGUUUGGCAAGUUAUUCGCUGUCAUGUUUAGUACAGAUGACAUCUGUAAGACGUUCUCUUUUCAAUAAUUCAGAACGUACUAAAUUUCUUACACAUCUGGUUGAAGGUGUUAAAAAUAUUUUGGUUAAUUUACAUGGACUACGUGAUCCAGAUAACUAUCAUGAAUUUUGUCGUCUAUUGGCUCGCCUGAAAUCGAAUUAUCAGUUGGGUGAACUGAUUGCUGUGCCUUGUUAUCCUGAAGCUUUGGCUUUAAUAGCAAAAUUUACAGUUGAAUCAUUACAGAUGUGGCAAUUUGCCCCGAAUAGUGUACAUUAUUUACUUACACUAUGGCAAAGAAUGGUUGCAUCCGUGCCAUAUGUUAAAUCACCCGAACCACAUUUGCUGGGCACUUAUACACCCGAAGUUACCAAAGCCUAUGUUGAAUCACGUUUAAAUGCCGUUCCUGCCAUUGUCAACGAUCACAUGGAUGAUCCAUUGGAUGAUUUGUGUAUGGUGUUGCAACAGCUGGAACAAUUAUCGGUUAUUGAACGCUGUGAAUAUGACAAAACAUGUUCGUUGUUGGUGCGACAUUUCGAUCAAAAAGCCAGUGAAUAUGAAAGUCUACUGCAGACACCAAAUGCCGAUCCCGUCAAUGUUACCAUACACGAAUUGCAGCUAACGUGGUUAGUGUAUAUUAUCGGUUCGGCCAUUGUCGGCCGAUUGACAGUGAACUCAAAUGAUGAUCACGAUACAAUGGAUGCCGAAUUGGUUAUACGGGUAUUUCAAUUGAUGAGAUUAACCGAUGCCCGACUACCGCAAGCAGGCUGUGAAAAAUUAGAAUUGGCCAUAUUGAGCUUUUUGGAACAAGUACGAAAAAUGCAUAUCAGUGAACAGACACAAAAGCCGAACGUGUAUAAACGUUUGAAUGAUGUGUUCGGUAUAAGCGAUGAACAAAUGUUGCUGAGUUUUAUUAAUCGUAAAAUUAUAACAAAUCUAAAGUUUUGGGGCCAUUCAGAGCAAAUUAUAACAAAAACCCUAAUGUUGUUAUCAGAUUUAUCGGUGCAUUUUAAUUCAGUGCGGAAAUUGGCUAAAUUGGAAGAAGUUCAAUUUAUGCUGACACACCAUACGAGUGAGCAUUUUCCAUUUUUGGGUACAAAUUCAUCAUUAACCGAAAUGCGCUGCCGUACCAUGUUCUAUACAUCACUGGGGCGUCUUUUAAUGUUUGACUUGGGUGAAGAUGAAGAACGUUUCUAUAGUUUUUUAAAUCCUUUAACUAACCAAUUUGAAUCCCUUGGUCCCGUUUUAAUGGAUGCCAAUAGUUUUCCCAAUGAAGAAGCCAAAAAGGCUAUAAUAGGCUUGGCUCGUGAUCUACGUGGUCUGGCCCAGCCAUUAACUUCUCGAGUUCCUUACACAAUGCUAUUCGAAUGGCUAUAUUAUUCCGAUUAUUUGCCCAUGUUAAUACGUGCCGUUGAACUAUGGGCACACGAUCCAGCUGUUACAACACCUGUCCUUAAAUUAUUUGCCGAAUUGGUUCACUGUCGCACGCAGCGUUUGCAGGGCAAUGUCUCCAGUCCGAUUGGCAUUUUAUUAUUCCGUGAGGCUUCAAAACUCAUCUGUAUAUACGGUAAUCGUAUACUGCAUUUAGAUGUGCCACGCGAUCAACAAUAUCCAAUGCGUUUGAAAGGCAUUUCCGUAUGCUUUACAAUAUUGAAAAAUGCCUUGGGUGGCAAUUAUGUUAACUUUGGUGUAUUCAAGCUCUAUGGUGAUGAUACAUUGGAUAAUGUUUUAAAUAUCGUAGCAAAAAUGAUAAUGUCUAUACAACAAAAUGAUUUGUUGGAAUACCCAAAAUUGGCAUCAUCCUAUUUCAAUUUAUUGAAUUGUUUAUCUCCAGAACAGAUUAGUUUUUUGGCAGGUUUGGAACCUGGUGCAUUUGUUUACAUUCUAGAAAGCUUAUCUAAAGGUUUUACGGCUUUGGAUUCAACUAUCUAUAUAACCUGUUGUUCCAUUUUGGAUAGCAUUAUAUCGUAUAUAUUUAAACAAUUACAAUUGAAAAUGUCUACAUUCCCAAAUAAAAAAUUACGGAAUCUAACACCUGAGAAUGCACGAUUUUUAGAGGUUGUUAAAAUGAAUUCUGAGAUAUUGCAAAAUAUGAUGUCAACUCUAAUGAAUAAUGUCAUGGCUGAAGAUUGUAAAAAUCAAUGGUCCAUGUCCAGACCAUUGUUGGUACUAAUAUUAUUGUAUGAAGAUUAUUUCCGAACUCUAAAAGAGAAUAUUUUACGCGCACAACCAAUAGAAAAACAACAAAUUAUGGCUCAAUGUUUUGAGGAUUUAAUGAAUGGAAUUGAACGCAAUGUUUCCAGUAAAAAUAAGGAAAAAUUCAUUCAUAAUUUAUCUUCAUUUCGACGUGAUGUUGUUAAUUUGCCGAAAAUGUCCAACUAUAAUACUGAAAAUCCGUAUCAAAUUUAUUCCGAGAAUAAUUAUUCCGUUUCUGUGUGAUUUCUUAU